AUGAAGACCUCUGGAGCCUGUAUCUUAUGCCUCUUAGCACUCUCCUUGUCCCCAGCUGAUUGGUUUCCAUGGGUAGUCAAUGGGCAAGAACUGGAAAGUGCAACUGGUCAAGUUAGCACCGACUCUCUUAUCAGCACCUUGGCUACAGCUGUCACACCACCUGUGCUUCUUAGUCCUGUUCAGUCUGACAGCGAAACUACAACGGCUUCAUCAGAUUGUCGUGAAGAAAAGUUCCCUUGCACACGCCUGUACUCUGUUCACAAACCGGUAAAGCAGUGUAUCAGCUACCUCUGCGUUACGAGUGUGCGUCGCAUGUACAUAAUAAACAAGGAGGUGUGCUCUCGCAUUGUCUGCAAGGAGAAUGAGGUCAUGCAAGAUGAGAUCUGUCGCCAGCUGGCUGGCCUUCCUUCUCGACGUCUCCGCCGAUCUGGGCAACCCAUGCAUCUCCCUUGCAGACAACUCCUGGAGCAGCAGCGCAGGCAGCCUGAUGCUCUGUGA